AUGGCGCAAUCAGGAGGAAAUACCAUUGCUGAGAUUUACAAAGGCGUAAUUCAAGACGUGAUCAGUCAAGUCAAAGAAGCGUUCUUGGAUGAGAAUGUGGAUAUUGAUGUGCUUACGCAGUUAAAAAAGAACGUAAAGGACGAGAAUCGCUUGAGAAUGGUCCACUCAAGCCUCAAACAGUUCCGAAGACAAUACCUCGAACUGGCAAGCCACCAGUAA